AUGCCCGUUCAAGAUAAAUGUGCUGUCUAUUUUGAGAGACCUGUCACCCGAAGCCAGACUAAAAGCCUUAAUAACUCAAAUUCUGGUACAAAGUUGUCCUCAACUAAUUCUUCUCGUUACGGUUAUACUACUGCUGCUGCUACUACGAAAGCCGUCAAUUUUACCUUUGAGCAUAAAAAGAAAAUAACUUUGAAGAAUACAUGGCUAAAUAAUCAAUCUUUUGCAUUUCUAGCGUCACCUUCGUCGGCGGCCUCGUCGUCGACAUCGAAAUUUCUUCAAACCACAAAUGGUGAUAAAAGUCUCACCAUGACAACAAAUCAAAAAAAUAAACAAAACUACAAUUGUUAUUCCACAAACUCGUCGACAACUACCGCUAACGCUAGCCAUGUAAUGAAUCACUCAGCUACCAACAACGAUUCCUCAUCUCGUAUCUCUGCUGCUUCUUCCAACCCUUACCGGAUAUCGGAGUGGGCUCCAGAUACUCCCGAAUACACACCGGAUCAAUAUGAUUUUGAUGAUGUCUUCGAUCAAUCGUUUGCAACUGCGCUUAUCGACGACUAUGAUUACGAUGUACCACUCAAAUAUCGAUACGAUCUUGAAUCGGAACCUUCGAGUGAGAUCGAAAUCAACAAUAAUUCAUCACCAACAUCAUCAAUAUCAACAACGGCUUCCUGUUCUCCCGAAUAUCAUAGUCCGGAUGAUUGUAUCAUCCUUGAAGAGUAUACCGAAUCUCCCAUCUCCCCAAUAUCACCAACCACUUCCACCACCUCAAUAUCAACAGCAUCCUCGCCAAUUUUUAUUGAUCAAGCUGACGAAAUCGAAGGCUUGGUAGUGUUGGAUAAUGAACGCGUAACUGAUCCAUUUUCAUUAGCGGAAAAGAAAUUGCCAAUCACUCGUGAACUCUUAUUCGAAAUCAAGGCUCAUCUCGAUCUCGAAGAUACCGAAGAUGCAAUGUUUUGGUGUUUAUGUACUUUGGCGUUUCAUUCACUCGCCCGCAUCAACGAAUUAGUGACAGACACGCAAUCCAAGGAACAACCGUUGCAAAUCGAAGUCGAACAAGUCAAAGCACCAAAAGUUUAUGUUGUGCCGUACGCGUGUAUUCGAAUACCUUACAAAAAGAACGAAUACGCCAAGAUCCGACAUCUUGUUGUAUGUCCUUCGAAUGACGAUAUUUGCCCGUUAACUGCGUUGUCAAAUUAUUGUCGAAUUCGGACACAAGAAGGCUACGCAUCAGAUCGAGAUCCAUUCUUUUGCUUCAAAGGCGGUGAAGUCGCAUCAAGAAAAUGGUUCCUGCAUAAACUUGAUCCAUUAUUACCAAACAGUGACGCUUCGACAUACAGUUUCCGUGCUGGCGGUGUCUUGGAUUUGGUGGCUCAAGGACGAACAAAACCUGAUAUUCGGUGUUUAGGUCGAUGGGAUUAUAACUCGUUCGAACAUUACCUGAAUGAUCAUCCAUCGGUCCUAUUAGCUUUCAUCUCGGCUUCUAUCACAACUGCAUAUGAAUAUGGCGCUCUAUAA